GAUGCGUAUCAUCAGGGUGGGUGGGGAGCAGAUGUCAACACUCAACAGUGAGAAGAUGAUUGAUGGAGCUGUCAGAUGGGACGACCACCUCCGAACAUCCUCUGUCUUUUUCCCUUUCUCACCGCUCCUUCUUUUUCCCUGCACCAUCACACUGGUAGCGUAAAGCGGCCAGCGGACGGGGAGAGGGAGAGAGAGAGAGGGGAGGAGCGGAUAGGGGAUGGUGGCACUUGAAAUUUCAGUCACGAUCUUCGUCUUCUGAGAAAACUCAUUAGAGCUCUAUUCUGUUCGGUUCUGGUUCUUAGCGGCUGCUGCUAUAAUCUCGUCGGGCGCUCGGUUUCUUGAUUUCCAUGGAUUCCCGAGAACAGGAUGGUGGUGCAAUGAGCGGAGUAAUUGAAGAUCUUACAUCUGUUCACCAAGGAAAACGACCUAACCUUUCCAUUGAGAUACCCCCAAGAAGUAUGGGAGUUUCCUCUAUGAAUUUAGUGAAAAAAUAUAUACCUUCAACACCUGGUUCUGUUUCCACUAGAGUGAAUAAUCUCCCCACAUGCAGUCCUGCAUCUGCAAGAAUACAGGCUUCACCAUGUUCAUCUUCAUCUAAAGCUAGACCCUCCAUAAAAAAUCUCCUCCCAGGAUUAAGCUUCAAGUUUCGCAGUUCAGCUUUGGAAAUUGAGAAAGAUGAUGUUCAAGUUCUGGAGGCAUCAUCUGGAGGAAGGCGAGAGAAACCUUCUGUCCUGAGGUCAUUUUCUUUUACAAAGAUAUUCAGCCCUACUGUGAGAAGAACAUCGUCCCUACCAACUGACCCACCCGAAGUUCUAGAUGACAAUACUUUCCAUGAAGCUAGUGUAAAUGAUAGCAUCUCCUUGGAAAAAAAAGAAUUUCAACGGCAUAUUUCUCGUUCACUUUCGCUACCCUCAAAUGCUAAAAGUAUCAAAACAAGGAGUAUUAAAAGGAUGGAUUCUUUAGGCGGUGUACUUCGAGUAAUUCCUUCUACGCCACAAGUAGUGGGCACCAGUGCUGCUGUGCCAGAGGUCAUCACUGCUGUAGAUUGUGAAAUUGGUGAUGAUGGUGAGGAUAUACCUGAGGAAGAGGCUGUUUGUCGAAUUUGUAUGAUUGAGCUGAGUGAGGGAAGUGAUACUCUUAAAUUGGAAUGUAACUGCAAGGGUGACCUUGCUCUAGCCCAUCAAGAAUGUGCUAUGAAGUGGUUUAGCAUCAAGGGUAAUAGAAAUUGUGAAGUUUGUAAGCAAGAGGUUCAGAACCUACCUGUUACCCUGUUACGGAUACGAAGUGUUCAGACAUCUGCUACACGCACUGGUAAUACCUCAAAUCAAACAACGGUGUAUAGAUACAGGUUCUGGCAUGACAUGCCUAUCCUCGUAAUUGUAAGCAUGCUUGCCUACUUUUGCUUCCUCGAACAACUGUUGGUUGCAGACAAUGGUACUGCUGCUCUAGCCAUCUCUUUGCCUUUUUCUUGCAUCUUGGGUCUUUUUGCAUCUCUGACUUCAUCCACAAUGGUGAUGAAGCGAUAUAUUUGGGUCUAUGCAGCAGUUCAGUUUCUGCUGGUUGUUUUCUUUGCUCAUCUUUUCUACUCAUAUUUUCAUAUGCAAACUGUCAUAUCUAUCAUCCUUGCCACGUUUGCUGGAUUUGGCGUUGCAAUGAGUGUGAGUUCUCUUGUUGUUGAGUUAUUGAGAUGGAGGAGAAGAUGGCUGGCUGGCUCAGAAAACCAUCGUAGAUCUCAAGGGACGGGGCCAACUCCUCGACCAGUGACAAGCACCAACCAUCCACAUCCAACUGCUGAACUAGAUGGAGUUAAUAUUGAAAUUCCAGUCAUGUCUCAGGCCUGAGUGGCAGCAGGCAUUAGGUUUGUAAGAAUUCUUAAUAUUAAAUGACAAGAUGGCCGUCUGUUUUUUUGGGCAAAAAAAUCAACUGGAUCGAUUUCAAUUUGGUUUGCUUCUUUUUGACUGCUUUUUCAAAUGCCAUUGUUGGUGUUGGACUGCUGUUUUAUGAAGUUAAUGCCUGGGACCGUGUUGAUGCCUCACUCAGUUGUAUAUUAUAAGUAUGCUACCAGUAAAAUUGAAUUACUUGGGUUCUUGCCA